AUGAGAGGUGCCAUGCGAGUUUCAAUCCUGUUCCUCCUGGUGACUGUGUCGGACUGUGCCGUGAUCACGGGGGCCUGUGAGGGGGAUGUCCAGUGCGGGGCAGGCACCUGCUGUGCUGUCAGCCUGUGGCUGCGUGGGCUUCGGAUAUGCACCCCACUGGGGCGGGAAGGAGAGGAGUGUCACCCCGGCAGCCACAAGGUCCCCUUCUUCAGAAAGCGCCAGCACCACACCUGCCCCUGCCUGCCCAACCUGCUGUGCACCAGGUUCCUGGACGGCAGGUACCGCUGCUCCGCAGACUUGAAGAACAUCAACAUUUAG